AUGGCUUCCUCAACCCGGAACCCCAGCUCGGCGCAGCCCCUACAACGCCAGACUCGUCCGGUCAUCAUUCCCGCCAUCCCUCUCCCAUAUGUCCAGCAGCGUCAACCGAAGCAGUCCUCUCAUCACCGUAACUUGUCUGCUUCGCGCCCUGAAGCUCAGAACCUGGCCCAGACCUCCAAGAACCCUUUGGUCGCUGAGCCUCUGGCAGAACAGGCGGUGGAGCGCUCCGCUCAUCGAGACGAGCAAUACCUCAACGGCUCGUCAGCCCCAGCUGCCGGGCAAGACCCUGCCAUGGAACCACACCAGAACGGUUUGCCCCCCCCGCCUUCUCGGCCUCAGCAAGGCAUCUCUAGCAAUGAUCCGAUGACCUCAUCCUCCUCGGAUGCCAUCGCACCCACCCACCAGCCCGCCCAUGGUCCGACACAUGCCCCUCCCGAGGGUGACGAUACGACUGUUCUGCCAAUGCCGCCCCCCAAGGCCGCGCCACGAGCCCAUCAACAGACACAACCACCUCAUCCUCACCUUGUUUUCGAUGCCGUCCACGACUCUAACAAUACAUCUCCUGCGCCACUCUCGGGCGGCAGCUUUGUCCAGCCCGCUCCGCCCACGGCCGGCGCUCCGUACUGGCAAAUAUAUGCUUCCGGGUCUGGCAUGGAGUAUUGGCCUCACCCGGUGCAGCAGCACCCCUCUGGAUCGGCCAACGGAUACCACCCCAGGCAGGGCCCUGUAUUUGAUCCUUCCAGCCCGCACAGCAUCCCCAGCUCCGACAACGCCCGGCAGCAGAGCCCUACACCUAAUGGAUACGCGCCGCUGGGUCUGGCCAAUCCUUCUCCCCAAAGGGAUGUGCCGCCAUUCGAUCAUCGGCCUUCAUUUCCUGACAUGGCUCCGCUACACCAGCUCCUGUCGACUGUCGCACGCGGCUGGAACAAUCCAGAACUCGCUGACUGCAUGGUGGCCUUUCAUAUGCUGAGGCCUCAAGAUUGCCGCGCUCGACAAGACGACGGCUCUGUGCCGGGUGCGAAGCACCUGCAGAUCCAUGGACACCGCUUGCUCCUCUCGCAGAGCCCUCGCCUGCAGCAGCUAUUCCACGCCGAACCCGGCGAGGACCGUCGCGUUAGCAGCUUCAGCCACUGGAUUGUCGACAGGUACCUCACGCCCGAUGCCCUCAUCAUUGCUCUCCAGAGCCUGUACGGCAUCCCUCCUCCACCACUCCCGGCGAUCAAGGGGGACGUGGCGUCGCAGACGUACGUCUUGCACACGGCGUUGGCCUUGGCAGCCGCUGGCCAGAGUCUUGAGCUGCCGUACCUGAGGGACAUGGCGAUCCAGGAGGCGCGACAUUUUCUGAACUGGGAGAAUCUCGAGCUCGUCUUGGACUUUUGCCUUGGCAAUGCCGAGCAUCUCUACCCACCGUCAAUCUCUGGCAACGAUCGUGGCUAUGCCCCACCGGAGCCUUGCACCGAAGCGCAUUUCAACUACGGACCGUUGGCCCGCAUGUUGCUCAUGGACGUUGCCAUCUUCGUGUCAGACCACUUCCCCCCGGCUUUCGUCCUGGACACAGCCAUCGCGGACCCUACAUAUGCCCGCAUCCCGCCGCUCGCCGGAUCGGCAUUAAAGAACAAUCUCCCUGAGCGGCUCGUUGCGGAGCAGGAUAAGGCAUCCAGCCGGUUGAUCCUCCACGGCGCAUCCCGCUCCGUGACCAAUGUUCCGCGUCAUGCUAGUGUUCGCAGCAUCCAAUUCGGGGACCUGUCACCUACGGCUGCCAACGGCGAGCCUGAGAGCGUGGGUGUGGGUGUGGGCGUGGGCCUGGAUGCGAAAGUCAACGGAGGUGGGCCUGAGGGUGCAGCACCCUCACAAGCGGGCAACAGCAGAACUUGGGUCUUGUCGCGGAUUCUCCUGAACCUCCCGUUCGACUUCCUCCGAGUGGUCCUCGAGAACCGCGACCUCGGAGCGUCGGCGGACUCGCAGCCCCUCUCUCACCGGAGGAGGGUGGUGGCUGAAGUUAUAGCAGCACGGGAGCAUCGUCGACACGCUGCGCUUGAAGCCGUCCGGUCUAGCGGUGUCGGUGAGACCAGGACGCUCGUCGAGCGCUUGAAGCGACACGGGCCGUCGGGAAUGCCGGACCUCUGGGACGGUCUCUGCUGGCACGAGAGCUUGGUCUCUGGCAACAACGACCCCCCUCUUCUGACCCGGCAAUGGGUUCCUCUCCCAUCUGAGGGAACGUGA